AUGUCCCCUCUCCGCGGCUACAUCACUUCUUACCCCCCGCGCAUGCGCCAGUAUGGAAACGCGUUGCUCACACCCGUCAACCCUCCGUCGCAGGCCGGUCCCACACCGCGCACUACCAAACGUGGUACCACAGCCAUCAACUACGCCGAAGAUGGAUAUGAAGAUGAGGAUUUCGAUGAGACUGACGGUCCCCGUCGGCCAACAGGCCUAAGGAGCCUUCGGCGCGAAGAAUCAGCCGCCGACAAGUUGAUCCCAUACUCAGAGAAACUGGGAAAAGAGAUACAUGAACCAGUGGAAGUGCAAGGUCUUUUCCGUGAAUGGAUGAUCAAGCGAAUGUUGCGACCGGCAUGCGCCGAUCAGCUACAGAUUCAGGCGCAGCUUCCCUUAACUUUGGUCCCCAUUCGAAUUGAUGUGGAGGUUAUCGCCCACCAGCCUCUCGAACCCUUCCCUCUCCCGCGCAUGUCUGCAGACCCUGCAAUCAACCAGACCCUUCCUGCCUACCGCAGGCCUGAUCCGUUACCCCCAUUCCGAAUCAAGGAUACCUUCUUAUGGAAUCUUCACGAAUCGCUCUCAACGCCAGAAGAAUUCGCUGUUGGAUUCGUGCGCGAUCUCGAUCUACCAAACCCCCAAGCCACGACAAUGACGAUUAGCAAUCAGAUUCGACAGCAGCUGGAGGAAUAUGCCGGUGUAGCUCUCCACCCUCUAUUCCAGAGCACAGAAUCAGGCGCCGCGCCGAGUCUCCCACCACAGACGGAGCCAUCGCGAGAUGCCUCAAUGACACCAGCGGCCACGAAUGUUGCUACACCUGACAGCCGGCCCAUCAUCACCACAACCGUCACACCUACCAAAGAAGCGCUAGUGAACGAUAGCCUCCUCAACCCCGAUGACGCCUACCGUUGUUUGAUUACACUCAAUAUCAAUCUGCAGAACAAGCUUUACACGGACAAAUUCGAAUGGUCUCUACUCCACCCACCCGGGUUGGCCGAAGAAUUCGCGCGUAUCACUUGUGCAGAUCUCAGUCUCGGCGGCGAAUGGGUCAGCGCCCUUGCGCACGCUAUAUACGAAGCCGUAUUGAAGUUCAAAAAGGAAGUUUGCGAAAGUGGUGCCCUCGUCAGCGGUAUCAACGGCUACGGCAACGAUAUCGACAACCUGGCUGCCAAUGGCGUGGAGGCUGGGUGGCGCUAUGACCCGGAGACUGUCUGCGAAGAGUGGCAACCUUCGGUUGAGGCACUGUCCAAGGAGGAGAUUGAGCGUCGUGAAGGUGACCGGGAGCGCCAGAUUCGUCGCUUGCGACGAGAGACCGCCAGGUUCUCAUCGACUACAGGAAUCACGCCCGAUCUUCAAAGACAAAGCAGUAGUCACUUUGAAGUUGACGGUGACACUCCGUUGGGACGCGGUGAGCGGAACAAGCGUAAGCGCAGAUUCCGUAGCUUAAGCCCCAGUGGCAGAGGCGGUACUCCAGGUGGUCGUGGCACCCCGGAUACAGGGUCGGGUGCUGGAUAUGGAGGUGGUGGCGGUACACUCUCUGAAUGGGAGCGCCAAAGCUGGCGAUGCAAGAACUGUGCAGUAUGGGGCACAGCAGUUUGGGCAGUGCGAGACGGUCCGGACGGUCCACGGACCCUCUGCCACAACUGUGGCUUACUCUACGAGCGUGAUAAGGUCGCACCGGAAUGGUCCAAGGACCUCCAUCGACACGAUAUCCCCGUUGGCCGAUUCGGCUAA